CUUCCUCUUUAAACUUUUCGGAGUUUCCAAGUUUUCACCUCUCGAAAAGCUCAGCUGUGUGGUUUCCAGAAUGUCUUAAUGACCCCGUCUGUGGCGCAAAUGGUUUGGGAACAUCUUUUGGUCAGCGCAGAGCACUUUCACUGACAAUAUGUGGCUGCUACGCGGGUGCACUUCGAAGUACGUCGCUUCUUCUUUCGGUCGUCGGGUUCUCACAACUUAUUAUCAUGUUUUGGGUCGAAGUCGGUGCAACAUCGCGGCGUUCAUGCCGGAGGCUGCUGGCUUUGAGGGAGUAUCGGGUCGCGCAGCGCUGCGGGAGUUGUCCGUCUCCAACAGUGACAGCUUCUGGGCCGCUGUGGCGCGGCACAGACUCAGCUGGAUCACUCCUUUCCACACGGUGCAGGACUGUGAUCUGAGCCGAGGCAAGAUCAAGUGGUUUGAAGGAGGAAAGUUGAAUGUGUCUGUGAACUGCUUGGACCGCCAUGUACACACCUGUCCUGAGCGGGUGGCCCUGAUCUGGGAGAGAGAUGAAAGGGGGUCAGAAAUGAAGUACACCUACAGAGAGUUGAUGGAGAUGACAUGUCAACUGGGCAACCUGUUGAGGCGGCAUGGUGUGAAGAAGGGGGACUGCGUCACCAUCUACAUGCCUACCUGCCCCCUGGCUGUGGCGUCCAUGUUGGCCUGUGCACGCAUUGGUGCUGCCCACAAUGUGGUGUUUGCGGGAUUCAGUGCAGAUGCCCUGGCGGAGCGAAUCAGAGAUGCUCAGUCCAGUACUGUCAUCACAGUGAACCAGGGUGUCAGGGGUGGUAAGGUCACAGAGCUGAAGAAGACCGUGGACACAGCAGUGCAGAGCUGUCCAACAGUGAAGCAGGUGUUUGUCGCUAUGAGAACAGAGACUCCAGUAACUAUGACAGCCAGGGACAUCGCCAUGGAUGAGGAGAUGCUAAAGGAAGAUGUUGUGUGUGAGCCAGCUGUCAUGAACAGUGAAGACGUCCUGUUCCUCCUUUACACAUCUGGCAGCACAGGGAAGCCCAAAGGUCUUGUCCACACUCAGGCUGGGUACUUGCUGUAUGCUGCACUUACACACAGGUAUGUCUUCAGCUACCAUGACGGUGAUGUAUUUGGCUGUGUGGCAGAUAUUGGCUGGAUAACAGGACACAGUUAUGUGGUCUAUGGGCCCCUGGCCAACGGGGCGACCACUGUGCUGUUUGAGAGUACUCCCAUUUACCCUGACCCAGGAAGAUACUGGGACAUGGUUGAGAGACUCAAGAUCAACCAGUUUUAUGGAGCUCCCACAGCAAUCCGCCUGCUGCUCAAGUAUGGAGAUAAAUGGGUGAACAAGUACGACCGGUCCACCCUCAAAACCCUCGGGUCUGUGGGGGAGCCGAUCAACACUGAAGCUUGGGAGUGGUACCACAGAGUGGUCGGAGGUGGACGUUGUCCUGUGGUGGACACCUGGUGGCAAACUGAGACAGGUGGCAUUUGCAUCGCUCCAAGGCCUUCAGACCCAGACGCAGAGAUUGUCCCAGGAAUGGCUAUGCGACCAUUUUUUGGCAUUAAGCCAGUGCUUAUGGACACUGAGGGCGAAGUGCUGACUUCCAACAACAUAUCUGGAGCUCUAUGUAUGGCUCAACCUUGGCCUGGUAUGGCCAGAACUAUUCAUAACAACCACCAAAGAUUCAUUGACACGUACUUCCAGCCUUAUCCUGGAUACUUUUUUACUGGUGACGGCGCCUAUCGGUCUGAGGAGGGGUACUACCAGAUCACUGGCCGCCUUGAUGAUGUCAUUAACGUGAGUGGUCACAGGAUUGGGACAGCGGAGAUAGAGGAUGUAGUGAACCAGUGUCCUGCAGUGGCUGAAUCUGCUGUCAUUGGCUAUGCACACAACAUCAAAGGACAAGGUGUAUACGUCUUUGUGGUGCUUAAAAAGGGCGUAGAUAUACAAGAGGCGGACUUGUCCAGGCAGCUAAACAGCAUGGUGUCUGAAAAGAUCGCUAAGUACGCUUGUCCAGACUUCAUCCAGUUUGCCAAGCGUCUGCCAAAAACCCGCUCGGGUAAGAUAAUGCGCCGGGUGCUGCGUAAAGUUGUGGAGAGCGACUUGGAGGGUUUGGGUGACCUCAGCACUCUGGAUGAUCCUGCAGCAGUUCAGGAGAUUAUUCAAGGUCACGAGAAGCUCUUAAGUAAACGUGGACCAUAAUGAUCUGUUUUCUGUAAACAUGCAUAUCUGAGAGGAGUGUAAAUGUGAUGCCUGCUUGCUGUACUCCAUUUUCAUUAACCAGACUUGUGCCUUUUGUAUGGAUAAUGAUUUUUAAUCACCAAAUUCUUUUUUGUAAAUAUGAAAAUUUUUAUGAAAUCAGAUAAGCUCUUUUGAAUGCUAUCUGCAAUCUACAGAUAUAUCAGUCCAAAAGAUCUUAAAAAGUUCCCACCUGACCCCCUCAGAAUUCCUCUGUAACUGUUGAAUAUUUAAUGUAGACAGGCAAAAUUUCACUUUUGAAUAUUUUACAAGAUAUAGGCCCUUGAAGUAGAAAGGAGUGGGUCCAAACAGGGCACUUUUAUAUUUUUUCCAGCAUUUUUGAACCCUCAUAAGAUGGCAAUAUGAAAUUUUCAGGGCUGAAAACACAUCAAACCUCAGUUUAAUAAAUGCAAACAAAUCAGUUUUACACACACUAAGUUUCACAAUCUGAAGGGAAAAUCUUGUUUUUGUUCAGCACAAAUUUUUAAAAUUUGAGCAUUAAUAUCAAGGGGGGGGGGGGAGCACAGUUUCAGUAGCAGAAUUGCACCAAAUUGUCUGACAGUAACAGAAAAAAAAUUAGUUGCUGAUGAUUGGCUGCAGAAAACGUCAAAAAUUGCACUUUAGGUUAAACUUAAAGGUUCAUAUCACCAUACAGGUCAAACAAGGUGCUGCAUAUAAAAGGUCUCCUUUAACCUACAUUUUGACACAAGGAUUAUUUUCUAGUCAUGAUUCCUUCUGGGUCAAAAUAAUUCUCUAUUGUCAUUUUUACAGUAGCUACCCCUGCAAUUAAGAAGGGAGGAGAUGCUGGUGAGGGCUCAUAAAUGCAAGAAAGAAUAAUUCAGAUAAAAGGCACAAAAUUUUGAUGUGCUUUGAGGAUUUGAAACUGCAGAUAUUAUAGUGUGAAGGUGUAAUUUUACAUGUCUUCAUUAAAUAAUUUAUUGGGGGGGGGGGGGGGUCCAGAUACUGAUGUACUACUUAGUAGGAAUUAAGUUGUUACACAGUAAUAACCUGUCAUUGUAAAUGUCGUACAUUAAGCU